GUGCAGCUUAUGUCGUCUAUCGUCUAUCGAGAUUGAUAUAUAGGUCGGCGGAUAUAGGUGCCUGCUUACAUGCAUACAUCAGGUUGUGUCGAUGUGCGGUGUGUGCUACCGACUAUCCUGUCUACACGAAGGAGUGUGCGUGGUAAUUGAUAGACAAGCCGACUCUCGUGCCAUCAUCAUCAUCAUUAUCCUCCUUCUCGUCACCACCAUCCUCGCCCGGUUCGUAUUGUCGUUCCCCGUCCAUCCAUACCUAUAUCCGUUUCGUCAUACGUACGUACCUACCUAUGUGCCUACAUACAUGUGCGCUUUAAACAGGAUGGAGUGUGGAACCGGCGCCAGGGGGGAGCGUGCUGCCCAUCAAGUUUUUUGCCUUCUUUCAUUCCUGUUGUUCCUAUUGCCACGACCAACUUCUUCGUGUUCCAUUGUUUUUUCUGGCAUGAUUUUCUCUCUCUCUCUCUCUAAUGCAUACCUCGUGCAUACGUAUAUCCAUGCAUUCUCCUUUUUCUUGCCUCGCCUUGCCUCGCCUAGGGAGGGGAGGCCGCGGGCCUCGUCUUCUCGUUUAUGAGUAGCUUGGGGCUGAGCUGGCCGCGAUCGGUUUCGCCAGCGCGCGCUAGAGCACCGGGUUCCCGGCCCCACCUCCCCCCUAGUAGCUAGCCGUACCUACCUACCUAGGUAUAUCGCGGGGGGGAGGGUUUCUCUCAUUCUUUUCUUUUCUUUUCCUUCUCGCUCUUCGCCUCGCCCUCGCCCUCGCGCCGGCUGGCUAGGCGACGUCGCCGACUCGCGUCGACGACGGCGAGACCGGGCCAGGCUAGGAACUAGCGUAGGGCGCCUAGGAUGGAGCCUAGCUCGCGCCAGGGGAGGGCCAGGGGCGGGCGAGAUUCGUGUCCCGGUGGCGCGGGCGGACUACCGCUACCACCUGGUACUUGACACGGCGGUAGUGGUGGUCGGUGCAUCGUGUGGUGAAAGUACGGAAAGUAGGACUCAGUCGUAUGGGAGAAUGUGGGCUGGCGGCGGAGCAGCAAAUAUUGAGUACUGUCUUGGGUCGGGGUAGGUAAGGAGCACCGGCGAGAGUGAGUAUAUACGUAACAUAGGUACCUAUGCGUCUACGAGGCGCGUAUAUAGGAGAUGGCCAUAUAUAACAUCUCACAGGUACGCAUGGGGGCUGGAGAUACACAUACC